AUGCGCAAUAUCCUCCCUGGCCGUCCCCAAUCGAGCAGGCAAGCACUGUGCACAGUCAAUUGGGACGGCCUCCGUCUAGUUGCCUAUAUCUCUGGCACCACUGUGAUUGUAUUCAACGGUCGUCGCGAAGUCCUUCAAUCGAUCCUGGUGGACGAUGCAAACUCGCUGUUCUCCCUGUCGAUAGAUGAGCAGUCUGGAAAUAUUGCAGUUGCUGAUAAGAGCUCCGUGUAUAUAUACAGGCCGAUCGGAAGAGACUAUGGCGACCUGCGCUGGACGAGGACGCAUGUCCUGCCGAAGGAGGUUGAACCCUCUGUAACGUACCUCUCUUGGGGGUCUUCUGAUGAGCUUCUCGUGGCAGCUCAAUCCUUGACUCUAUGGAGUUUCUUGAACGAACACGAGCCGCAACCCAUCUGGACCUCUCCCCUCAGCUCUCCGGUGCAAAUCGCUGCGUUCUCUCCGGACGCAGGGCUGAUUGCGUCUUGUGGCUACCACGACCGAAUUGUGAAGGUAUGGAGGAGAUUGUCCUACGAGCAAGACAGCACUCGAUUCGAUGUCUCCUACCUCCCUCAUCCAUCCGCUAUUACAGAUCUCUCGUGGAGACAUUUCUGGCACCAAGAACAGAACCUUGACAACCUUCUAUACACCUUUUGCAAUGACAAGCAGGUACGGAGUCAAGACCUUGCUCGAGCUGCGGAAAGGGCUCUGCAGAUCCAUCGCAACGGCACUAACCACGCACUCGAGCACUUGAUAGAGGUUGCUAAUCGCUCGCCAGAGAUUUGUGUCAUUCUAGAUGGCUUAGGGCAUAUGUCUGCCUGGGGUAUAGAAAAUGCUGGUUUGAAGAGCAAGCUGGCAGCCGACAAGUUCAAUGUGGCUCUCGUUGAUGGAGUCAACGUUACUCUGCCCACGGAGAACGACCCAGACGGCUUUACUCAAAUUCAUGCUUUCGCGAACAACGACGCAUCUGCUUCUCUCUGCGUCCUUGUCCACUCCUACUCUGGUCAAAUCGACUGGUAUCAAGGCUCAUUUGUCGAGUUCUUUGACACUUCCGCUCGAGCUGAGCGUAUCCGUCUCCAAUCAUGCUGGUCAGGACACGAUUCUGUCGUUGAUCGUAUGGUCUCGAGUUCAGACUACCAAAGCUUUCUUUCUUUGACCGAGUCGGAUCAAGUCAUUUUGUGGUCCAAAGCAUUAACUGGAGCACCCAUUCGGAAGACCGAGGCUCAAUCACACCUAGCCAUCGUACACGCGACUCUGCUAGUCGAUAGCAACUUUGCGGUACUCUUGCACGAUGAAGCGUUGUCAGUAUGGGAUAUGCGAGGUAUUGAAGCAAGACGGGUCAGUUUGUGCCAGCUCAAGGCACAUGGUGCCAAAGCUGUCCACGAUCUUGGUCGAGACAAGACAUCUCCAGGUAGAUAUGUAGGUGUCCUGUACGAGGACAACCUUGUUGAGUGCUACAAACUAUAUGUUCCGGAAGAAGCCGCCAGGCACGAAUCGAAUGGUUACCACGAUUUUAUCAGUCGGAUUAUGUCCACCAAAGUACCGGUCUCUAGCAGGACAGACACUGUCGGUUUCUGCACCACAUCCCAAGCAAUUUCUGAUGAUAAGUGCGUCUUCUCGUUGUCCCAAGAUGGAUCGCUGAGAACCUAUACACUAAGUCACAACAACGACACUGCCAAUCUCAUCACGACGGUAACGUUAAGCACCAACAUUCAGAUCUCUGAUGUUGUCUCUGUGCUUGAUGGCAAUGUUUGUGCUAUUGUGCACGCAGACAACCACACGGUCUCUGUGUGGAACUCUAAGCAAGGACUGUAUGAAUUUACUCACACAUUCGACGAUUUUGAUUGUAUACACGAGCUGUCUUGGUAUAGACGGAAGAAUGGUGUACUUCUUCUAGCUGCGCAAUCCACAUAUGCUGUUGCUAUCUUAGCUCAACAAAGAUAUGGCAUGGACACGGUGUGCAAUGCCUGGAGCUUGCAGCGGAUAAUCUACACCAGAGCACACUCAAGCCACACAAUCGGUAGUCUCUCAUGGUUUGAGCCUUUUCAGGUAGCUGUUGGCCUUGGAAGCCAAAUAAUGACCUUCGAUAUCGAAUCAGAUGCCAGGCCUACUAACGAUUCAGAGCUGAGCGGAAGGACAGUGCCCGCAUAUGAUGUUGAAGCUCGGCAUAUGCUACGGCAAAGCAGCUUGCCUAUGUUUGCACCGGAGAUUGUGGCACGCCAACUUCAGGCGGGACAAUACGAUGCAUUAUUGGUGAACUUGCAAACUUUAUGCGAGGAAACUAAGUUCCUUUCUCAGAACGAAGCCGUACAUAUCGAUGUUGACGUUACCCUGGCUAAGGUAUUGGCACGAAGAUCAAGUGACGCAUGUCGUGGCGGGCCAAACCCUGCCCUUCAGCCCACCAAUGCGUCGGAUUUUAGUCUCAGCGAAGUGAAGGAGCAGCUGAACGAGACUAUCAUGCGCAUUGCUCCAUAUCAAUUAACACGCACUCAGAAAACACAACUGCAAGGAUUGAUCCGAACAGCUCUGCGACUCUUUGAAACCAAUCAGUCUUUGGAUGCAUUUUCACGGAUCUACCUUUUCCAUUUCCUUAGCGCUUUCGCUCACCACGAUGCAGCGAACGGAGUUCUCCCUGCAUUGCCCUACGUUGCAAUUGUGUACGCAUCUCAGUCUCAAACUCAGGAAGCUCUGCUACAAUUCAUACUCGCUCGCAUUGAAGAGAAGAAUAUCAAAUUGACAUGGUCCACAGCACGUUCUCUUGGAAUAUUCUUGUUUAUUUCAGAUAAGGAAAGUCUGAUGGUACAACUGGAGUCGGUCGCACGAAAUGAGUACAACCGGAAUACUGACGAUCGAAAUCCUGUCGACUGCAGUUUGUACUACCUAGCACUCGAUAAGAAAGCUGUUUUGUUGUCGCUUUGGCGAAGGACAAUCGGUGUGAAAGAAAAGGAAUCAACGAUAAAGCUUCUGUCUCGCGACUUCCAGGAUCCAAAGUGGAAGUCAACAGCGCUUAAAAACGCUUAUGCUCUGCUAUCGAGACGACGUUUUGAGUAUGCAGUUGCUUUCUUCCUACUCGGAGGAAGUUUGGCCGAUGCCGUUAGUGUUUGUGUCAAUCAACUCCACGAUUUCCAAUUAGCUGUUGCCAUCACACGUGUCUGGACGGGCAAUGUGACUGAUCAGUCCAAAGCCAUGUUGAACUUGACCAAGAAAGUAAUUCCAGAAUUGGCUGUUGACUCUAGUGAAGCGCGAUGGAUGCUCAUCUGGUCGUGUGUCCAGAGCCAGGACUGGCCUCAAGCUGUUCGAAUUAUUGUCUAUCAAGUGGACGAUGUUCUGGCUGCUCAGCUUGAAGCUCGAAAAAUAAAACUUGAUCAGCAACAGCAUGAAGCUGAGGUCAAUAUGCCUGUCCAGGCAAUGAGCUACAAGUCGAACGAGCCAACAUUGUUGAUCAACUUCUAUGAACAUCUGAGGACCAAGUUGCUCGAUCAAGGUCUAUGGACGCGAGCAGUAAUCACGCCCACUCAGGAAUGGCAAUUCGUCACAAGGAGCGCAAGUUGGUAUGCAAGAGCUGGUCUUGAUUGGCUAGCACUCGAACUUGUAGCAACCUGGCAGUUUGUGAAGUGGCAAGAACCAAAACAUGUGACUUCGAAACCAAGCACGGCGGUGGCUGUUGACCCUGACUCCACCAAGCAGAAGAGUAUGCUGGACGAUUGGACCGAACCAGAGGUCGUCACUGGGUAUACAUCAGCAGAUACCAAAAAGCAGCUGGAACUAACACAAGAAAAGGCCAGCUCAAAGCCCAAGCCUACGCAAUUUGUCGAGCCUAGUGCAGACAGCUUGUUGGAUAGCUUCGGAUUUUAA